AUGCGCUACCCCGUGCUUCCCCCCCCUACGAGGCAUGUAUCCUCCACAUCAGACCACUCCUGCUUCCUCGCUAUAUGAAUGUACCGCGCUGUCGACUCUUCCCAGCUGAACAGGCGACUCUACCGUAGGUUUGGUGUUUGUCCGGCCCACCGCAGCCGCCCCGGCAGCUGUGCUCUCUGCUCCUCAAGGCGGUCCCCGGCAUGACCUCCCCUUUCUGCGAUUCUACCGAGAUUCGCUAAAUGGGAUUCGUGGCUUGCCCGAGAUUUCCGCAGCCACUGGCCAUCCGCUUUCAUUAUUUCUCUAAUGAGGACAGCCAUAAGGAUUUAACUCGGUUCCUCGCUGCGCGUCUCUGAUUUUUGGGCUAAAUCUCCAGACGCGUCAAAGGUCUGCACAUGGGGGCGGGCAAGAGCAAGCCCAAGGAGCCGGGCCAGCGCUCCAUGAGCCUGGACGGCACCAUCGGCACAGGCUCAGACAGCGGGCACUUCCACCACCUGGGCCCCGCCCAGCAGACCCAAACACCAAACAGGAGCCCUGCAGUUGGGACAGGCAGGCGGGGGCAUCAAGGGCAGCACCAGCAUGCCCCAACAAACACUCCUGAACUGGCUCUCUUUGGAGGGGUAGACCACACAGGCACCAUCACCUCGCCUCAGAGAGGACCUCUGUCAGGAGGUGUCACUACAUUUGUGGCGCUGUAUGACUAUGAGUCACGGACAGCGUCUGAUCUGACCUUUAGGAAAGGCGACAGGCUGCAGAUUGUCAACAACACGAAAAAGUACAGCUUCAGAGAAGGGGACUGGUGGCUCGCCCGCUCCCUGACGACAGGAGAGAGUGGUUAUAUCCCCAGCAACUAUGUGGCUCCGUCAGACUCCAUCCAAGCAGAAGAGUGGUAUUUUGGGAAGAUCACUCGGCGUGACUCAGAGAGGCUCCUUCUGAACUUACAGAACAGACGAGGAACCUUCUUGGUGAGGGAGAGUGAGACCACUAAAGGGGCAUAUUGCCUGUCAGUGCUGGAUUAUGAUAACACCAAAGGCCUGAAUGUUAAACAUUACAAGAUCAGGAAGCUGGAUAGCGGAGGUUUCUACAUCACCUCCCGCACCCAGUUCACCAGCCUUCAGCAGCUAGUCUUCCACUACCGCAAGCACUCUGAUGGGCUGUGCCACGCUCUAUCAGACGUGUGUCCUGUGGCCAAACCUCAGACCCAGGGACUGGCCAGGGACGCCUGGGAGAUUCCGAGAGAGUCCCUCCGCCUUGACCUUAAACUGGGACAGGGCUGCUUUGGAGAGGUCUGGAUGGGUACGUGGAAUGGUACAACACGGGUAGCCAUUAAGACCCUUAAGCCUGGCACCAUGUCUCCAGAGGCCUUUCUUCAAGAAGCACAGGUCAUGAAGAAGUUGAGGCAUGAGAAGCUGGUCCAGCUGUAUGCUGUUGUAUCUGAGGAACCUAUCUACAUUGUGACAGAAUAUAUGAGCCAAGGUAGCUUACUGGACUUCCUUAAAGGGGAAGCAGGAAAGUUGCUUCGUCUGCCUCAGCUAGUAGACAUGUCUGCUCAGAUUGCAGCAGGCAUGGCCUAUGUGGAGAGGAUGAACUACGUCCACAGAGACCUGCGUGCUGCCAACAUCUUGGUGGGAGACAACCUGGUGUGUAAAGUGGCUGACUUCGGUCUGGCAAGACUCAUUGAAGACAAUGAGUACACUGCUAGACAGGGAGCUAAGUUCCCAAUCAAAUGGACCGCACCGGAGGCAGCUCUGUACGGUCGUUUCACCAUCAAGUCAGAUGUCUGGUCGUUUGGUGUGCUGCUCACAGAGCUGGCAACUAAAGGCAGAGUCCCCUAUCCAGGUAUGGUUAACCGGGAGGUGCUUGACCAGGUGGAGCGAGGCUACAGGAUGCCCUGCCCAGCAGAGUGCCCCAGCUCCUUGCACGAGCUCAUGCUUUCCUGCUGGAGGAAGGACCCAGAAGAGAGGCCUACGUUUGAGUACCUGCAGGGCUUCCUAGAGGACUACUUCACCUCCACAGAACCCCAGUAUCAGCCUGGGGAGAACCUAUAGAACCACACACUGAACUGACCCUGGGGGGUGGGGGGUGGGGACGUCAAAACAGAAUGAUCUGCACUAACCGACCUCAGAGGAGCGCCUGUGGGAGGAUCUGAGCCUGUGAAACUCACCUGGGAGGAACUUGAGAUUCUUCUGUGGAAGCAAAACUGAGAUAGAAACUUGCAAAAGUCCCAUCAUGUACCAUGAAGGAACUGCUACAGAAGAACCUGGACGGCCUCCUUUCUGCAAGCACUCACUGUUAACUGACAGUUUUCCUGUAGAAGUGAGAGUCAAGGCUAUAAAGGAGAACUCCCGCUGGACAGACUCUGGCUUUGAUUUGAUCGAGGGACUACACUUGCGGGUAUAUGUUUUUGAGAGGUGCGUCUGAUGUGGGAGGAACCUAAUCAGGAUCUGCAGACGGCGCUAAAGGGAAAAGGAUAAACCUGUCGAAGAGAGAAGGUCAAGGGAGGAUAUUUCAAUCGGACAUGAGCUGUUUAGCAAAACCUCCCUCUUUCCCUCUUCUGUCUUGUCUCUUUAUCCUCGUCUGGUACCUUAUCCGCCCACAGAAGAGCACUGUCACUGUGGCUCAGGUGCCAAAGGAAAUUCUGUCUCUCUUAACGUCCUUUAUGUCCCUUCUGCCCCUUUCCUCCCUUCCUCUAUUUCUGUCUGACUUUCAGUAUCUCUCUCCAGUUUUCUCAAGUGCUGCUUCUUCAAAGUGUCUCCAAAUAACACAGCUCUGGAACUCUACUUUGCAUCUUUAUUUAUAUUUACUUGGACAAUAUGUGGAUUGAGGGUUUGUUCAGUGGCAGACAAAGUUUCCUGAUUUGUCUUUAUUUGUUUUUUAUUUUAUAAUCAAUAGUAUGAACCACUAUCAUGGUAGUGCCAGGGUAAAUGGACUCAACAGGCAGGUUCUGUAACACUGAAAUUGUUAAAUUUAAGGCAUUUCUGUCUUAAACCCUCCUUCUCUUUUCCAGCUGUAUUUCUUGACAAGCUGAAAAGCCAGCUGGAUCCAACCUGGAUGAUUAAAAAUGAUUUUGAUGCAGAUAGUGUUUGAACGCUUGUUUGUUUUGGUUGACCUUGAUUUAACUGGAAAGUUGCAUUGAAAAUAAUCAGCAUGGCUAUAGUGGCACUAAGGAGCAGUUUUAAUAGUCAUCAGCUCAUUUCUUCAGAGGCAUAAAUGGGGUAACUUUCAUCAAACAUUUAUGUGACCUACUAAGAGGCUGAGAUGGCUACCAAACUAAUCAUAUGACCGUCCAACUCGGCACAAAAUGUGAAAACCCUGAGUCUAAAAGCCUUCGUUGUGUGCCAAACAAAUCACAUUUCAUUACUGCUGUCCAUGUAUAUAAUGUUUUUAUUAUCAAGGGGCUUAUAUGGGGUUUUUAGUUCUUAAACACAAAAUUGCUUACUUACAGUUUACAAUAAAACUGCGCCAUCUCCCCAGUAAACAAUCUGUUGUGGUGGUGAGUAAACAGGACAGAUCAACCUGGUACUGUUUGCUGAAGGAUUCAAAAGGUUUUCAUUCACUUUGCAGCUGUUGUGUCCAUAAAAAUAUGCAACCAGGUGGCCCUAAUGAAACUGUAAACCUCUGAUCAGGUAACCCUAAUAAAACUGUGUUUAUGACUUACUAUAAGAGUUGAUUUUAAAACCACUUAGCAUGCGUUUGUGCUGUUCUUCUCUUGAGCAUUGGCUGGGUUUGUAUUUAUGCUGUACUGUACAUCAACAAGUGUAUGUUUACUAUACUCAAGGCUCCGGUGAGGCAAGGGCAUCAUAAACAGACUCCUGAGCAUUUGUGCCAUCAACCUGUAAUUAUUUUUGUUAUCUUACCCUCUGCUGCCAGUUCUCACGGUCAUACUGUACAUACUGUAGCUCUUUAGAGUUGGUUUUUUUGUAUCAUGUAAGCCACUUUCAAAUGGCAGGUAUUUAUGUUGGAUGUCACACAUUUCACAGUGGUUUAGUUUGACGUCGUCGAUGCAGCAACAGUAGAUCUAAAGUUAUAGAUUGAUGUCAACAGAUACUAUGAAACCAGUUAUCAAAAAUAUGAGCCAUGCAGCCAUAGAGAUGAUGAUCCAUGCCCACUAACACCAUGAAAUUAUUAUCCAGUGAGGAAUCCUGAUGGCUAAUGUAACAUUAUAUUGAAUAUUAACAUUCAAUAAUGUGGAUACUUGUAAAACGACAAUGAACAAGGAGUUUGGGUUGUGAUGUGAAAUGAAAAAUGAGGUCAUAGAUGUAAAUAGUAUCUUAAAUGACUGUGACUAUCAUGUAAUUUGUUUUUGUGUCGUUUUUCUUUAAUUGCUCCUCCAUGUGGAGGUUUUUACAGUGCGCCUGCUCCCAAAAUGUUUUAAUAAGAUGCUACUGUAAAUGGUGUUUAAGGAAGGUUUUUUUCUUUUUUAAUAUUGGACUUAAUAUAAAAUCUUAGUGUUUGAAAGCUAUCACAUCUGCAAAAGACAAUUUUAAAUUGGGCUUGAUAUAUAUAAUUUCCAAGAACAUAUCAGCGCUUUCCUCCUUUUUAGAAUGGGAAAUACCCUGUUUGUUCUGAUGCACUGAACCGCCUAUAAGUCUCUGGGACAAUGUGGAAGUUGAUGGGCUCAUGACAAGUAUGAGUAACGCCAAGGUCUGAUUGGAUUCUCUGUGCCAUAUUAAAGAAGUGUUUGGGUGGGUUUUUUUUAAUGCUUUUUUUUUUUUUUUUUAAGAAUCUAUGCAGUUUCGGUCUGGCAUUCCUGCAACUUCAUGGCCAUAUUCUUCUAAAGUCAAAAACGAUGAUCAUAAACCGAAGGUGUGAGCAUUUUUGUAAGGACUUCUUUUGUCUUUUUAUUUUGUUUCCGAUGUAACAGGAUUGAAAUGGGUAUCGUGCCACUUUGUUGAUCUUUAAAUGUGCAAUAAAUUAUAU